AUGAUUAAUAACCUUGGAACGCGACUGUUUAAGUCAGUUACUGACAAAGCUGGCGAUCUAGGCGAAAAAUUCGAGGAAGAAUUCUCUCGGCUCUCGAAUAAUAUUACAGCUGAAGUCGACGCCAUCGUCUCUGAGGCGAUUUCUCUCUCCGGCUUCAUCAAAGUAACGCUAGUGAUUCUAUGUGUUCUACUAGUGCUCGGCAUCAUUCGACUGAGUGCUUUCGGUUUUCGGUGUCUGGUAUUCAAGGCAAAGGAUUGGCUUCGAGCUAACGAAAACAGGCCACCUCCACAGGUCAUCUUACUAAUGCCAAUCGGUAACGGUAAAUAUCGUCCUACAGCUACGAUUUACGCAGAUCCACAGACGAAAUCCAUUAUCGACCGUAUCCAGCGCGACUCUUUUGAGCUCUUCAAUGAAAGCGAUGAACCGACACCGAUAGUACCACGAAUGAAGCCGCCGAAGCUUAAUGAAUUGCGAGCCAUAUCGUGA